AUGACCACGCUACAGUUGAAAUUGGAAGAUCACAAGGCUCAAGAUCUGCUCAAGAAACUAAUGAGAUUUGUGUUUGAUAGAAAACGCAAAGAAUGGAAACCAAGACAAAGGGGUAACACUAUUGGGUGUAUGUACUUUAUACACCCACAAGCAGAAGAACGGUAUUAUUUACAUCUUUUAUUAAAUAUCGUACGAGGUGCAAUUUCUUUCAGCCAUCUCAGAACUGUCAAUAAUAUCGAAUAUCCCACUUUUAAAGACGCAUGCGAAGCUUUGGGUAUGCUUCAGAAUGAUAAUGAAUGGGACGAAUGCUUAAAUGAAGCACAACAAAUAAAACCUAGAUUCCAAAUGCGUUAUUUAUUUGCUGUUAUUCUUAUGUUUUGUAAUUCAACUUACCCUGAAUUACUUUGGAACAAAUAUAUUACAGCUUUUAGUGAUGAUAUACUAUUUCAAUGUCGCACUGAAGCUGAAAAUGAUACUAACUAUACUUUUACUGAAAACGAUGUUUAUAAUAUAGCACUAAAUCAAUUAGAAUCUAUAUUACUUAAAAAUGGAACAACACUUGCUCAUUUUCCAUCAAUGCUGAUUCCUACCUCUCUUUCUGAACCUCUUUUACACCAAAAUCACCUACUUACUACCGAAUUUCACACAUCAAAUGAUAUUGAUAGACAUGGUUUUGCUGAUUGGCUAUUACAAAUUGGAGAGGAUCGUGCUAAGAGAUUCCCUGACAAAAACGAUUUUAUUAAAAUUCCUGACGAUAUCCUUUUAUCAUCACAGAAUAUACAUGCUUUAAUAAAUCUUGUAUAUCCCAACCUUACAUCCCAGGCUAAUAAUUCUUCUUAUUUAAUGGAUCGUGGAAUUCUUGCUUCCAAAAACACAGAUGUUUCCACUAUUAACUCUACUAUUUUUGCUUUAUAUCCAGGUCACAAAAUUGAAUAUUUGAGUGCCGAUA